AUGGUUGACGGGGAGCCAGGUUCACCUACCUGGAAGUUUACACAAUGCUUUGGCGACAAAGGCGACGUUGAAGACAUCACCGAAGCUGACUUGAUUUCUCCAUUUGAAGCCGAUAUCAUCUCCACCGUCGAAUUUGAUCAUACGGGCAACUACCUGGCAACUGGUGACAAGGGGGGCCGUGUAGUAUUAUUCGAGAGAAAUGAAACCCUCCAGAAAAAAACAUGCGAGUAUAAGUUCCAUACGGAAUUUCAAUCGCACGAACCGGAAUUUGAUUACCUCAAGUCACUAGAGAUUGAAGAGAAAAUAAACAAAAUAAAGUGGUGCAGACGUCAAAAUGCCUCUCAUUUUCUUCUUUCGACAAAUGACAAGACCAUAAAGCUGUGGAAAGUAUUUGACAAGUCGCUGAAAGUGGUUGCAGAGAACAACCUAUCUCAUGAUCUUACGCCCGGUGGUGUUGGAGGUGGGGCCCCCCGAGCGCCGCGUGUGUCAAUUAGGGAUGCAUCGGACCUCAAAUUGCCCCGUAUGACACACCAUGAUACCGUAGUUGCGGCUGUCCCGCGGCGUAUCUAUGCAAAUGCCCAUGCCUAUCACAUUAACUCUAUAUCUGUCAACAGUGACGGAGAAACAUUCAUCAGCAGCGAUGAUCUCCGUAUAAACCUAUGGAACUUAAAUAUUCAAGAUCAGAGUUUCAACAUUGUUGAUAUCAAACCAGCAAAUAUGGAGGAGUUAACUGAGGUGAUCACCGCUGCGGAAUUCCAUCCCAUCAGCUGCAAUUGGUUCAUGUAUGCUAGUUCCAAAGGAACAAUCAAGUUGGCUGACAUGCGACUACGUGCUCUCUGUGAUGAGCAUGCAAAACAAUUUGAGCAAGAAGAAGAUGCAAGUCCCAGAUCAUUCUUUUCCGAGAUUAUUUCUUCCAUCUCCGACGUUCGAUUUUCUCAUGAUGGCCGCUAUAUCGUUUCUCGAGACUACCUCACUGUGAAGAUUUGGGAUGUUAAUAUGGAGCGUCAACCCGUGAAAACAAUCCCGAUCCAUGAACACUUGCGCCCAAGGUUAUGCGAUACAUAUGAAAAUGACAGCAUCUUUGAUAAAUUCGAAGUCGUAUUCUCUGGAGAUGCCAAAAAUGUGAUGACUGGCAGCUACAAUAACAAUUUUAUGAUUUAUCCCACGGACCCGGUUCAAGAGACCGAAGUUGUUCUCCAAGCCGAUAAGACGGCUUUCAAGGCAAAGAAAGUUGGCAUACCAACCCCAAUCAACUCGACCAUUUCCACCAACGCCGGAAAGAAAGGUGGAUCGAGAGCUGGAAGUCCUGCCGGGGUCGGGGGCCGCAUGCGUAAAGAGACGGAUGCAGAUCAAAUUGAUUUCAAUAAGAAGAUAUUACAUAUGAGCUGGCAUCCUUUUGAAGACAGCAUUGCUAUUGCUGCAACUAAUAAUUUAUUUGUGUUUUCCGCUUUGUGA